ACUGAAAAGUUUGAACACCAUUGGAAAAGUAAAUUUAUAAAAUCAAAUUAUGAAGAAAGAAAUAUUUGUUCUUUCUCAAAAAGUAUUGUUUUAUACUAUUAAAAUAUACGAACUCCGAGCGUUUUUACUUUAUUUGUUAUGUUAAUACAGUAAUGUAUAUUGCAAUGAAAGUUUACAAAUUUAUAUAAAUGUAUAUAGUGAUCCAUGCUUACACAUGCGAAUGGAAUCGUUUUAACUUAUUAACAGCAGCGUUUCAUUUUUAAGAACAGCAGCAGUGUAUAACAUUAAAAAUGAAUGGGAUUAUUCCUGAAAUGGAACAAAUAAUUAGUCAGCUUGAACGCGGGACUGUGGUAACAAAAUUUUUCUCAAGGAAACGACCAGAAAAAAAAACCUUAAUGAUACGAAGGGAAACUAGACAAAUUGUUUGGUCAAGGAGUUCUACCUUUAGACCUUUCGAUGGUUCUGUUGAAAUAAGGGAAGUCAAAGAAGUUAGGGUAGGGAAGCAUUCCAAAGAUUUUGAAAAAUGGCCAGAAGAUGCAAAGAGGAUAGAAAGCUUAAGAUGUUUUGUUGUAUUCUAUGGUUCUGAAUUCAGGUUAAAAACUCUUUCAAUAUCAGCUCUAAGUGAAAAAGAAUGUGAGUUAUGGGUUAAAGGUUUACGUCAUUUAGUUCAAGAUACUAUUAAUGCUCCAUAUCCUUUACAAGUUGAAAGAUGGCUUAGGAAAGAAUUUUAUGCAAUGGAGAAUUCAAGAGAAACAGUUACGUUAAAAGAUGUUAAAGCAUUUUUACCUAGAGUUAAUUGCAAAAUUGCAACUAACCGUUUAAGAGAAUUAUUCCAAGAAGUAGAUACAAGAAGCAGAAAUGAACUUGGGUUUGAUGAUUUCGUUAUUUUAUAUCAUAAACUCAUGUUUGAUCAGAAUAAUCUUACAGAUUGGAAUAAGCUAUUGAAUUAUUCUAAGUCAGGACAAACUGUUACUCUUCAGGAAUUUCAAAACUUCUUAAUCACUGAGCAACAAGAUGUUUUAGGAAAUAAUGAUAUAGAAGCUUCACGUUUUAUUAGAGACUACCUUCAAGAUCCACAAAGAGAUAUACAAGAACCAUAUUUCACAUUUUCUGAAUUUAUAGAUUUCCUUUUUUCCAAACAAAAUGAUAUUUCGGAUCAACGAUAUAAUCAAGUGACUCAAGAUAUGACUAAGCCUUUAGCUCAUUAUUGGAUUGCAUCAUCACAUAACACAUAUUUGAUGGGUGAUCAAAUAAGCAGUGAAAGUAGUUGCCAAGCUUAUGUACGCGCAUUAAGAUCUGGUUGCAGAUGUAUAGAACUUGAUUGUUGGGAUGGUCCUGAUGGAAUGCCUUUUAUAUUCCAUGGACAUACAUUAACAACAAAAAUAAAAUUUCUAGAUGUUAUUAAAACUAUCAAAGAACAUGCUUUUGCUACAUCUGAAUAUCCUGUUAUUUUAUCCAUAGAAGAUAAUUGCACAUUGCCACAACAAAGAAAAAUGGCUAUUACAAUGCAAGAAUUGUUUGGAAAUAUGCUAUUAGUUCAAUCAGUAGAUAAAAAUGAAACUUGUUUGCCAUCUCCAUAUGCAUUAAGAAAGAAAAUAUUAUUAAAACAUAAAAAACUUCCUGAUGGAGCUGAUGAGACAUCAUUUCUUAUUCGUAGUGAUGAAAGUAGACAAGAAAUGGAUCUUAGAAAUACUGUAAAAAAUGGGAUAUUAUACUUAGAGGAUCCUGUUGAUAGAGAAUGGAAUCCACAUUUUUUCGUAUUAACACAGCAAAAGCUAUUUUAUACAGAUACAUUCUCACGAGCUCAAGAGACAGAGCAUGAUGAUGAUGAUGAAGGAUGUAUCCGAAGACCAACAGAUGGAGUACCAAAUGAUGAACUACAUUUUGGUGAGAAGUGGUUUCAUGGAAAGUUAGCAAAAGGCAGGGAAGAAGCUGAAGAAUUAUUACAACGAUACUCUCAUCUUGGCGAUGGUACCUUUCUAGUUCGACAAUGCGUUACGUUCGUUGGUGACUAUAGUCUUUCCUUUUGGCGUAAGGGCAAAGUAAACCAUUGUCGUAUAAAAUUAAAACAAGAAAUGGGUCAAACACAAUAUUAUCUAAUUGAUACAAAUUGCUUUGAUAGUUUAUAUAGUCUAAUAACACAUUAUCGCAAUAACCCCCUUAGAAGUCAGGAGUUCUUAAUUACACUCCAAGAACCCGUACCUCAACCAAAUAAGCAUGAGGAAAAAGAAUGGUGGCAUGCAGAAUGUACUCGUACUUUAGCAGAAGAAAUGUUAAAAUGCAUUCCCACUGAUGGUGCCUUUUUAGUGAGACCUAGUGAAAAAGAAAGUAAUUCUUAUGCUAUAUCCUUUAGGGCUGAAAAGAAAAUUAAACAUUGUAGAAUAAAAUUUGAAGGACGUUUGUAUACAAUAGGAACAGUGCAAUUUGAAAGUUUAGUUGAAUUAGUAAAUUACUAUGAAAGGAAUCCACUCUAUAAGAGAAUAAAGCUAAGUCAUCCUGUCAAUCAAGAUAUCAUCAGAAGAGUGGGUUUGGAUGCAGAUGACGGAUCUGUUUAUGGUAUACCUGGAUACAUGGACCCAACAAGUUUUGGAUCUAAAGUAACGGUAAAAGCUCUUUAUGAUUACAAAGCAAGAAGAGAAGAUGAAUUGACAUUGGUAAAACAUGCUAUAAUUACUAACGUAACGCGUCAAAGUGGCGGUUGGUGGAGAGGCGAUUACGGUGGUAAAAAGCAACAUUGGUUUCCAGCAAAUUAUGUUGAAGAAAUAGAUUAUCAAGAUAGUCCAGGAGAUUCUACAGAUUCUAUGAUGCUUGGUAGUCUUCAAAAGGGUUCAUUAGACAUUAUGGGUGCAGUUGUCGAAUUAACAUUAGGUGAAAGGCCUGGAUUAGAAUGGAUUUUACGAAUACAAAAUCCUAGUAUGUGUUCCGUAUUUGAAGUGGCAACACCAUCAAAAGAUAGUGCAUUAGAAUGGAUGUCAAGUAUCAAAGAAACAGCACAGAAUGCCAGUGUUAGAGAAAAUCAACAUAAAGAGAUGGAGCGAGCAUGGAGGAUAGCAAAAGAAAUGUCUAAUCUUAUAGUAUAUUGUAGAUCAGUUGCUUUUAAUGUUGAACGAAUUAGAGCAAAGGGAUUUAUAUUUCAUGAAAUGAGUAGUUUCCCUGAAACUAAAGCAGAAAAACUCAUGUGCCAGCAAGAAAACAAGUUUUUCUUAAAAUAUCAUCAGAUGCAAUUCAGUAGAGUAUAUCCUAAAGGACAACGUAUUGAUUCAUCUAAUUAUAAUCCUGUGCCAAUGUGGAAUUCUGGUUGUCAAAUGGUAGCUUUAAAUUAUCAAACUGGAGAUAAAUCUAUGCAAUUAAAUCAAGCUAAAUUUAAAGAGAAUGGUAGCUGUGGUUAUGUACUGAAACCAGAUUUUAUGUUCAGAGAUGAUUUUAAUCCUUAUGACAAAAAUUGCUUGUACGGAAUAGAUGCACUUAAAAUUAGCUUAAAAAUUAUAGGUGCAAGACAUUUGAUUAGGUCUGGAAGAGGAACAGCUAGUCCAUUUGUUGAAGUAGAAGUAAUUGGUGCAGAUUUUGAUAAUGGGACAAAAAUAACAACAAAAACGAUACAUGACAAUGGUUUUAAUCCUAUGUGGAAUGAAUCUUGUGAAUUCGAAAUAUUCAAUCCGUACUUUGCUCACAUAAGAUUUGUAGUACAAGAUGAAGAUAUGUUUGGUGAUAGUAAUUUUAUAGGGCAAGCUACUUAUCCUGUUCGUUGUUUAAGAACAGGAUAUAGAAGUGUUACUUUAAAAAACAAUUAUAGCGAAGAUCUAGAACUGGCUGCACUUUUAGUACACAUUCGAAUUAUAAAUUUUUCUGUAAAUGCAACAUCGUGAACUAACGGAAAAAAUUAUUAAAUGAGUAGAUCUGAUAUACUGUCUACAAUGUUUGGUAUAGUGCUUCACAUGUACAUAUAUUUGAUGAGUGUUUCUGUGUGUACAUUGUGGUGAAAUAGAACCACGAAUAAUAUCUUUUAAAAAAAUGAAAAUGAUAAAAAUAAAUAUUAUUUUUUACUGAUUUAAUUUGAAUGAAAUUCAAGUAAAAUCUAUUUUUUAAUAACUAUAAAAUAUCAUUGUGAACUUGAUUUUCUAUUGAUUAAUCAAAAAUAAUAUUUUAUGUUAUUGAUUACUUAAUUUUAUAAUCAGUGGACAAAUAUAAUUCUUUGAAGUAGCAUUUACUAGUUAUAAAGUUAACUUCAAUGAAAGAAAUGAUACAUAUCUUUACACAAUCUAAUAAUCUUUAGUAUCUUGUUACUAUCAUAAAUUUUAUUAAUUUUUCUCUUAUUGCAUAUAUCAUUGCAUUUAUUUUGGUUAUAUGUUCCCAUAUGUAUAGAUUUAUAAAAAAGUGUACUCUUAAAUAGUAUUUCUGUAAUACUUCCAAUGUGCAUAAUUUGUAACUAAUAAUCUACAUUACAUGGCCUUACAUUCAUGUAUCAAAACUAUUAUAUUAUAUAAAGAAAAAUGUUUGUUUAAGUAUGGUCAGAAAGAAACAACUACAUGAGUUUUGAACAUAUCAAACAAAGAAAUAUAAAAAAGAUGGAUGGUAACAAGUAUUUUUGUGUAGUACAUAUGUUGAAUUGUGAAAUAAAAAGAAUUUCCAGUAAA